CAGAGCGGCCGGGGCGGGCACCGCGGGAGCCCCCAGCGCAGCGCGGAGCCACAGAGCUCACCUGCCCCCGGGACGCAGCAUCGCCUGGCUCCUCGCUCCGCACCUUUCCCCGCAUCCCCCCGCGUACCGAGAGCUUGAUACAAAUAUAUACAGAUUAUAUAUAUUAUUUUUAUCCCACCCCCUCGGCUUUUUCCUUCAGGACUUUUUCCACCGCUCUGGAACACGCGCAAACUUCUUCCCUUCCUUCCCGCCCCUCCUUUGCUGGUGGUUUUCUGCUUGGUUUUGUUUUGUUUUGACUUUUUUUUAAUUUUUUUUUUUUUAAUUUAUACUUCGUUGUUGUUGUUGUUGUUGGAAGACCCGCCUGCAUUUUCUUUUUGCUUUUUUUUUUUUUUUUUUUUUUUUUUCGUCUCCUCUAUCCCAACCGGAGAGAGGCCGGCAGCGGCUCCGGCGGUGCGGGCAGCACCUCCCCGGCGCACGUCGUGUGAGCCCGGCGGAGCUGCCCCGGCCCUGCCCGGCUCGGAGCGGCCCUGCCUGGCUCAGAGCUGCCCGGCUUGGCCCGGCUCGGCACGGCACGGCUCGGGCUUUCGCCCCCGAUAAUGCAGAGCUACAAGUACGAUAAGGCGAUCCCGCCGGAGAGCAAGAAUGGGGGCAGCCCGGCUCUGAACAACAACCCGGCCAAGAGCAGCAGCAAGAAAGCCCUGCUCAUCUGCCUCGACUUCCUCUGCCUCCUCAUGGCUGGGUUGCCCUUCCUCAUCAUUGAAACAAGCACAAUCCAGCCCUACCAGCGGGGCUUCUACUGCGACGAUGACAGCAUCAGGUACCCGCUGAAGACCAUGGAGACAAUCAAUGAUGCAGUGCUGUGUGCUGCAGGCAUCCUCAUUGCCAUCCUGGCUAUUAUAACAGGGGAGCUCUACCGCAUCCACUACCUGAAGGAGAAGUCACGUUCCUUUAUCCAGAACCCUUAUGUGGCUGCUCUCUACAAGCAGGUGGGCUGCUUUGUUUUUGGCUGUGCCAUCAGCCAGUCCUUCACAGACAUUGCCAAAGUGUCCGUCGGGCGCUUGCGGCCUCAUUUCCUGGAAGUUUGUGACCUGGAUUUCUCCACCAUCAACUGCGCUAAGGGAGUUUACAUCCAGAACUACACCUGCAGGGGAAGUGACAGCAAGGUCCAGGAAGCCAGGAAAUCAUUCUUCUCCGGGCACGCGUCCUUCUCCCUCUACACCAUGCUGUAUUUGGUGUUUUAUCUGCAGGCCAGAUUCACGUGGAAGGGAGCCCGUUUGCUCCGUCCCCUCCUCCAGUUCACCCUCAUCAUGAUGGCCUUCUACACCGGGCUGUCCCGCGUCUCGGACCACAAGCAUCACCCCACCGACGUCCUGGCGGGCUUUGCACAGGGAGCCCUGGUGGCUUACUGCGUGGUGUUUUAUGUCUCAGAUCUCUUCAAGCCCAAGACAAAGACUUGCCUGCCUCCACCUCCCAUCCGGAAGGAGAUCCUUUCACCUGUGGACAUCAUUGAGCGAAAUAACCACCACAACAUGGUGUAGACCUUUUGAGAAAUUGGAUGGGUGUUGUAUUUUAUUUUAAUUUUUUUUUGUUUUGGUUUGUUUUUUUGGGUUUUUUUUUUGCAAAAAAUGACUGCUGACAGCAACUACCUGCUGCUCUCAAAUCUCAUCAGACAGUAGAAUGUAGGGAGAGACUUUCUUGCCUGACCAGUAAAGUCUUACUCUGUGGUCUUUUCAACUUGCAACAUAUGGAUGAAAGGGGUGGUGGUCAACUGAGUCAAAAGGACAGUGAGAAAAAGAAAACAAACAAAAACCAACAACAGGAAAAAAAAAAAAAAACAAACAACAAAACAUGAAAGCUGAACAAAGAGAGGUGCCGGAGUUCUGGAUGUGCAAUUGGUUUGAGUGUUCAUGUUGUAGUGAACGCCAAAUUGUUCAUAACCUUAUGAACACUAAGGGAUUUUUGGAAAGCUGGCCAUCUUUUUUUUUUUCACUAUGAAGAUUUCCAGUGCCUGCAAGGACAGAACACCAAGAAACAAACAAAAAAAACCAACUCACAACUAAAUUGUAUAGCACUAUAUGUGAGAAACAGCACUGAGUCAAGAUCUAGGAUUGGUUUGUAUGAGUUGCUUUUUUUUCUCUUUUAUGAUACUGGUUCAUUUUUGCCUCCUCUGUUCCGUACUGUGACUUAGUUUAGAAGAAGCUUGCCUGGUCUAAGAUCUCUGAAGGGUCUCUCAUCACACUACACACCUUUAAUGAGCAGUCCUGAGAUGCACAGUGAGGCUGAAUUGCUCCAUCCUCUGCGUGGAGAAGCCACAUUUCUUCCUCUCUGCUCCCUGGCGAGCCUUGGUCCUGCUGGACCCCCAGGUGCGAGCUACACCCUCAAAUGGCCCUUCAUGAAAAGAGCAUCCUCCCCCACCCACCCUUCCCCUUAUAAAAAGAAAUAAAAAUAAAAAAAAAAAUAAAUAGAAAACUGAAACCACAGCAGAUGCUGUGCCCGCCCGCAGGAGCUGGUGGCUCGGGUAGCGGCAGCUCUGCCAAAGUGACGUUCGCACUACGACCCCGGGGCUGAGUCCUGGGGAAAACUUUUAUUCUGCAGUUUUGGGACGGGCUGCUGGGUGGCACGUCCCAGCCUGGGUAUCAGUCAGUUUGUGCAUCCCCUUUCUUCCUCCUCCUCUUCCUCCCUUGGGCACCCCGGUGCACGCAGUGGCAGAUACCAGGUCCUGUGCUCCGCUCGGUGACACCAGUGGUAAACCCGUUGUGCCUAUAUCAAAGUGUGAUUUAUGAUUUUUAUUUUUUUUUUUUAAUUUUUCUUUUUUUUUUUCUGCCUGGAAACCACAGGUUCUUGGUUUGCAACCCUUUCACAGAGUGCGUUUGCAAAGGGAUCCCACAAAGCAUGCAGAAUGGCCAUUUGCACAUCCUUCUUACAGAAUCCGUCCUAUCAUUUCAACUAUAGCAAGCUAUGUUUUUUUUUUUUUUAUAUAUAUAUAAAUAUUAUAUAAAUAAUGUAUAAAACCUUAAAAAUUAACUAUGUAAAAUAUUAUUUCUGAAACAAUUUUAGAUAUAUCCACUAUGACUAUAAACUGUGUCCUGACCUGUGUUAUUUACAUUUUGCUGCUUAAAAAAGCAUUGAAUUAAUUUUUUUAUAGUCGACUAAAAUAUUGUAGUUCUGUGGUAGUAAUAUUUUAAUGAAAAUAACUACAAUUAGAGACAUUUGUAUAAAAAAAAAAAAUUCAUUAAAUUGUCUGUAUUUUUGUAAUGUUCCAUUUUGUAAAGAGAAGAAUAUUCAAAGACUUUUGUAGAAUACAAAAUUGAAGUUUGUAUCUGCGAAAUUAUUGCUGUAUAAAUGUGCUUUUUAAAUAAAAGCUCAUAACACAACUAAA